CCAUGAGCAGCGCCGCGGUGCUCGCCCCGCUGCCCGACCCCGGCAGCAGCUUCAGGGAGGACGCGCCGCGGCCCCCGGUGCCGGGCGAGGAAGGGGAGACGCGGAGCCCGCAGCCCCCCAGCUCCCGCCCGCGCCAGAGCCGAAGCCUCCCGGCCGCUCCGCUGCCUCCGGCCCCGCGCAGGAACGAGAACGGGCUCGGGGAGCCCGAGGGCAGCGCGUCGCCGGACUCGCCGCUGGCCCGAUGGACCAAAUCCUUGCAUUCCUUGUUGGGAGAUCAAGAUGGUGCCUAUCUUUUCCGGACCUUCCUGGAAAGGGAGAAAUGUGUGGAUACCUUAGACUUCUGGUUUGCCUGCAAUGGCUUCAGGCAGAUGGACCUUAAGGAUACCAAAACUUUAAGAGUAGCCAAAGCUAUAUACAAAAGGUACAUUGAGAACAACAGCAUUGUCUCCAAGCAGCUCAAGCCUGCGACCAAGACCUACAUAAGGGAUAGCAUCAAGAAGCAGCAGAUAGAUUCUAUAAUGUUUGACCAGGCUCAGACUGAGAUUCAGACUGUGAUGGAGGAAAAUGCUUACCAGAUGUUUUUAACUUCUGAUAUAUACCUCGAAUAUGUACGGAGUGGAGGGGAGAAUCCUGCCUACAUCAACAGCAACGGGCUGGGGACCUUAAAAGUUGUCUGUGGCUAUCUCCCAACCUUGAACGAAGAAGAGGAGUGGAGCUGCGCGGACUUUAAGAACAAAAUCUUGCCUUCAGUGGUUGGACUAUCCAGCAAGACGUUGAGGGUUACAGCGAAUGUCAGAGCCACGGAGACAAUAGAGAACGGAUACAGGUCCUUCAAGAGGAAUGAUCCUGUUAACCCCUACCAUGUGAACUCUGGUUAUGUCUUCGCCCCAGCGACUAGCGCAAACGAUAGCGAAAUCUCUAGCGAUGCCCUGACCGACGAUUCCAUGUCGAUGACGGACAGCAGUGUGGAUGGGAUCCCUCCGUACAGGCUCGGGAGCAAGAAGCAGCUCCAGAGGGAAAUGCAUCGGAGCGUUAAGGCCAACGGUCAAGUUUCUCUACCUCAUUUUCCGAGAACCCACCGCCUCCCCAAGGAGAUGACCCCAGUGGAGCCGGCCACCUUCGCUGCCGAACUCAUUUCCCGACUGGAGAAGCUGAAACAGGAGCAAGAGACCAUGGACAGCCUGGAGGAGAGGCUGCAGCAGAUCAAGGAGGACGAAGAGAAGGAGGGUGCGGAGGUGGCGGCCGGCAUGCAGGCCGCCCGGGACGCGGGGAUGCUGGAGAGCGAGAGACAAAAUAAGCACAAGCCCCAUAGCACGCAGAGCACCAAGAAGGCGUACAGCUCCGAGUUCGCCAAGGGGGCCCCGGGCCGCCACCAUCUCUGGGGCCCGGGCCACGCGCGCGGGGCGCAGCCCGCCCACCCCUUCGUGCAGGAUCCGGCCAUGCCGCCGCUCACGCCUCCCAACACCCUCGCGCAGCUGGAGGAAGCCUGCCGCCGCCUCGCAGAGGUCUCCAAGCCUCAGAAACAACGAUGUUCAACCUCAAAUCAGCAGAGGGAUCGAAACCACUCCGCUGCUGUGCAGGGGGGAAGCACCCCUUUUUGCAAUGCAAGUCUAACGACAGAAGACCACAAAGAGCCAAAGAAACUCCCAGUUGUUCACACCUCUCAGUCUAGCGAGUUGGUUGUCACCUAUUUUUUUUGUGGAGAAGAAAUUCCCUACCGGAGGAUGUUAAAGGCCCAGAGCCUGACACUUGGGCACUUUAAAGAGCAGCUCAGCAAAAAGGGAAAUUACAGAUACUACUUCAAAAAGGCGAGCGACGAGUUCGACUGCGGCGCCGUGUUCGAGGAAAUCUGGGAAGACGACGCGAUCCUGCCCAUGUACGAAGGGAGGAUUCUUGGGAAAGUGGAAAGGAUUGAUUGACGGCAUCAGUGUCGCUUAAGGAAAAUUAAGCUAGAAAAGUCUGUGGACACAUAACAGUAGUGAUAACAAGGAGGAAAAACAACUCUGAAGGAAAGUUUUGAACCAAUGAAGAAAAAAAAAA